GGUCGAGCUGAAGCGUUUGCUGCUCGCACCGGAAGAGUGUUCCCUCCCGAGCAUCUUAUUUCCACCAUCCGAUCAGGACUUGCAAUGUCCCCUUUUUUUACAGUGAUCUACUAGGACAAUAUGGCAUUUGAAUCUGAGACUGAUGUUCUUCUCUACAAAAAUGAUGAGUUCAGAAUAUUGUGCCAUGGUGAUGUAUACUGUUAUAAAAGACUACUGAGACAGGCCCUUCAAUAGUCCUGCAAAGGAGAAUCGGUGCUUAUACCUAAAAACUGAUAUUUUUCUGAAGCAAUGACAACUUUCAGUAGUGUUUAUUACAGGAAGAUUUUGUAUCUAUUCUCUUACCGUGGAUAUUUUAGAAUGAAUCAAAUUAAAGAUACUCUUCUAAAUCCCUGGCACAGACAUCUGAGAAAUUACUCCUGUUAUAAAGCCAAUUUGGUCUCAGCUGUUGAUGUGGUCAAAUAUUGGCAAGCGGUGUUUGAGGCAAACAAUAUCCCAGAAGCGCAGACAUCUUCUGAAUAUAUUGUUUCCCAUGUCCUGGGAGCAAAAACAUUCCAGAGUCUGAAUGCCAGCAGCAUAUCUGCUCCCCUUUCAGCAAAGCAACAAAAACAGAUCCAACAGCUCUGUGCUAAACGACUACAACGGAUGCCAGUACAGUAUGUUCUUGGUGAAUGGGAUUUCCAAGAUCUGACACUCAAGAUGAAGCCUCCAGUUUUCAUUCCUCGACCAGAGACAGAGGAAUUGGUUUCACUCAUUCUGGAUGAAGAACACAGAAAGAGAUUGACAUCUGCAUGCAGCAAGGACCUUCAGGAUUUCCCAGAGACCCGUGGUCCAGUUAUUUUGGAAGUUGGCUGUGGCUCAGGGGCAAUUGGUUUAAGUCUUCUGAAAAAGCUUCCUCAUAGUCAGCUCAUUGCCAUUGAUAAAUUAGAAGCGGCUGUUAAUCUCACCAAGGAAAAUGCUGAACGGUUACAUCUACAGGAAAGAAUCCAUGUUUUUCACCAUGAUAUAUCUUCAUGUUCUUGGGAAUGCCUACAGCCUUGGGGUUUGGCAGAUACUAUCAUCAGUAAUCCACCUUACAUUUUUCAUGAAGAUAUGAGUGGCUUGGCGGCAGAAAUUCUCUGGUUUGAGGAUCUCAGUGCCCUGGAAGGAGGAACGGAUGGGAUGAGCAUAAUCAAAGAGAUUCUGAAAAUGGCCUCUUACAUUCUCAAGAAUUGUGGGAGUGUGUAUUUGGAGGUUGACCCCAGGCAUCCCAAAAUGGUAACAAAUUGGCUGUCCGGUCAUCCUGAUUUGAACCUUUUUGUAUCUGCUACACACAAGGACUUCUGUGGAAAGCCAAGGUUUCUGCACAUUCAAAAACGUAGGAAAGAAGAUCAUGACUAGUUCUGUCUCCUAACCCUGGAUUGUUUACAGUGCUUUCUAAGGGGUAUGUUCUCAGGAAGCCAGAUGUCUCUUGAUAACAUCUGCUAACUCGCAUUUUGCUGGGGAUGAUUUAUUUCAAAUUUUCAAGUUAUUUUGUGGUUAUUCCCGUUGUUAUAUGAGAUAUACCAUUUAUAUCCAAUGUAUAAUUGCUAUUUUUUUAAUCUUAUAAUCACUUUACAUUCCUCAAACUAAGGGUGUAGAAUGGAGGUAAGAAUAAAAUACUAUAAAUGCAGAAUAAAAUACUUUUAUAGAAACAUGAGAUACGGAAACAUUUUUUUAAAUCAUAAGGAGAAACUUAGAAAGAGAUUGUUUUUCCUUUCCAUUCCAUUGUCCCCUAAUUGCUAUUUAAGUGUUUGCCUAUUUAGAGUUUUUGAUCUGUAAUUCAGGUGCUGAGAAGCAGGAAUUGAAUUUUCUGAACAAAGUGUGUAUGUGUCUAUAAUUAGUACAUGUCAGAGGGAAGCUUCAAAGUGUACUCUAUGCUUGAUAAUGUAUCAGUAUUGGAUUUUGCUGCUUAAUUUCCCUUUUGAUAAAUGCUA